AUGGACAUUGAAUAUAUUCCUUACUACAGGAUCAACAAAUAUCUUUUGCUAACUAUUGGACAAUGGCCGUAUCAAAAAAAAAUACAAAAAUUCUUGAUUACAAGUUUUCUUUAUAUUGCUCUUAUAAGUUUACUUGUGCCAGAGUUAGCAGGGUUGGCAAAAUACUGGGGAGACAUGGAUAUCACAAUAGAGUGUAUUCCGCCCAUUAUCAUAAAUUUUGCGAGCACUUCUCUGAUAACUAAUUGCAUCUACAAUAUGGACAAAAUGGAGCUGAUAGUAUCCAAAAUAAAUAAAGAUUGGAUUACUUGGUCAUCAGGGUCUGAAUUAGAAAUACUACAUAAGACGGCCGCUCAAGGACACAAAUUUAGUGUUGUAUAUGCAACCUACGUAUUCUUCACAACGCUUCUUUACCUUGGCUUGCCAGUUGUUCCUCAGUUGACGAACUUAAUCCUACCAUUGAAUGAAUCGCGACCCAGGAAAACGUUGUUCCCCACAGAUUAUUAUAUAAAUGUCGAAAAUAAUUUUUAUUACAUCUUAAUACAUGGUUACAUUUCCACUGUUGUUUGUGCACUUAUUAUUGUGAGCGUGGACACGUUUUUCAUAGUAGUUAUUCAGCACGCCUGUGGAAUUUAUAAAAUUUUAGGAUUUAAAUUAAAGACUCUUUUGAACAAUGCUGGCAAUGAUUCUAUAAACAAUAAUGAUAAACUUCAAGACGAUAUUGAUGUGGAGAUUAAAUUUUGGGUCCGGAAUCACAGAAGUAUUAUGAAAUUCGUGAAUGAUAUCUGUGAUUUCUUUUCAACUUGUUUCUUUCUGACCUUGGGUUUCAAUAUGUUAAUUAUGAGUGUCACAGGGGUUCAGACAGUGAUGAAGUUAGAUCAACUGUUUGAAGCCAUGAGGUUUGGGACUUUUACUAUUUGUCAGAUGUUUCAUCUCUGCUACCUUAGUAUGCCUUGUCAACAAUUAAUUGAUCUCAGCGUUGGCAUAUCCGACAGCAUCUACGAUGGUUAUUGGUAUAAAUUGUCUACUGGAUCGCAAAAGCUUUUACUGAUGAUAAUGAGAAGAAGUGCAAUCCCUUGCACAUUUACAGCCGGUACAUUGUACACAUAUUCAAUACAGAAUUUUGCGGCGGUUGUUCAAAAAUCAAUGUCGUAUUUUACGGUAUUGUCAUCAAUACGAUAAUGAAUUAUUCGCGCUUUGCAAUAUAUUACAUUAUGAUGAAAAAUCGAAAGAGGAAAGCUCAUUCAGUAUUUGGAAAUUCAUUUUAAUGAAUAGACUCAAAGAAGAACUUAAUUAUUGAUUUUAAUCAUAUAAAGUGAUUACAUGUGAGAAAA